AUGUCGUCAAACAAUGACCUGAGUGGUCACAGUACGACGACAACCACGACGGGGGGGAGUAGUCGUGGCGGACAUCGAGCUGACACAGAAGCCAGUUCGAGCGUCGAUCCCGGGGCCAGCACCAGCACCACCCCCAGCGGCGCCGACUCCAGGGCGCCCUGGCCAGCCGCGGCCGACGACCGGAGCACUGCUGGCAGCGGUGCGCUGGGCCUGCCUUCGUCAUCGUCAUCAUCGACAUGGCCUUUGCACCCAUCCCACCCCAAAGUUGAUUCUCAACUCGAUCUCAUUCGAGAAGACGAACAGCACACCAUGUACCCAGCUGGAUCAUCCUCCCACCACCAUCGCCAUCACCACCACCACCACCACCCUUCAACCCAGGAUGGCCAUUCUCACGGUCACGCGCCCUCUCACGCUUCGCACCGCCAUCCCCUGUCUCGGCAAGAAUCGAGCGCGUCCGACUUUGACGGGCCCAAGUUCGAAUACGGACCGACCACCUCAACCUCAAUAGCAGGGUUCACCCAUGCUCCUUGGACCCAUCUUAGCAAACCAUUGCCUGAUACGUUGGGAAGGGCGCACGUGAUCCCCCGUUCGAACAAGGGUAAAGGUCGAGCGAUCGACGGCGUCGGUGGCGUCGAUGACAAGGAUUCGUUGGAGAACGCGUCGUUGCGCCCUUCCGUUUCAGCGAGCCUGCCACCCGAUACGAGCGAUGACGAGACCGACGAAUCCGAUGAGAAUGAUGAUGACGACGACGAAGAGGAUGAUGAUGAGGAAGGGGCCUUCGAGGUCGUCAAGACAGAGCGUCAUCGAGAUCGAGGGCGGACGAGCACGAAGCUUCCCAAGGGCUUGGUCCAAAUUCGGAGAGACCCCAUGAUCCGGAUCCGGCGCGUUGGAGCACUUGGGAUUUCAGUCUCGAGUAAUGACUCGGACGGGGACGAGAACAUGGAAGAGGCCGUGAUGAGCGAGGAGAAGGGGAUAAGCGACGAUCGAGAAGAAGCUGGCAUCACUGCGGGGACGUCGUCGCUCGAUUCGGCGGGUGAACUCGAGGCUCGCAAGGCCAAAGGAACGCGGAGAAUAUCGCAGGCUCUUGGGGCGAGUAAUGAAGAGUUUAGGACCAUCGUCGACGAUCUGGCUCUUGAGAGUGAGUCUCGCGGUGGCCCGAAUCGUGGCGUCCGUUUAGGAGGGACCUGAUCUUUUGCAUCUGAAUGCACUCACAGAUCAAGCGCUGAAAGCUAAGCUGAGACGGUACGAAGCCGCUCGUGUUCCCGCCACACUCAAACGGGACCGAUUGUUCGAAAUUCGAUACUUUGAAGGUCUCAGCGAGUACGUGUGCGGUGCCUGAAUGACGAGGGAACGCAGUCGGGAAGACCGCAGUUUAGUCUCAUUUGCUAAUCCAUGCCUUCUGUCCACAGGGAGAAGCGAGAAGAUCUCGAAACCUUCUUGACGCGCUACGUUCAGGGCAUCUCCCAAUUGCACGACACAUCAACACCCUCACCAGCUGUCGCCUCUGCUGCUACCACAUCGACGACGGCCGAGCAUCGACCACAGGUGCUUCUCCAUUCAUCCCACUCUAUUGCAUCUACUGUGCUUCCCUCGCUUCCACCUCCCAAGAUCCCCGACCGCAAGUUUCACCGAUCGCGCAAGAGCGCCUCGUCAGAACGCGAUGUAUUGGCCGGCCCCAGCGAUUUCGGGUUCGAACCGACGUCGACGACUGGGACUGGCGCGGGGAUCAAAAUUGAUUCUUCGAGUGACUCGGACAGAAAGAAACGCAAGCAGAAGAAGCAUAAGAAGGCCCGCAAGCACACACAUGCCGACGAUAUUGAGGGGCCGAGCAAGGCGGUGGAUGCAGCCACGACCUCGGGAGACACGGGCGAGACGACGCCGACGAAAGAGGACGAACCUACCGCCAUAUGGGCCACUCGCGAGAACACCCAACGCCCUUCAGUGACCAUCGACGACAAGUCCAUGUCUACUGCGCAAGCAAUCGUCAACUCCAUCGAAAAGUUGUUCCGGAACUCGUUCGAAGCGCGUUGUAAGGGCAUGAAGGGGACGCGGUCGAACGAGGAGUACCUCAGCGAGUUGCUCGAGCAGGACUUCCUGUCCAACGGUUGGGUCUACCUCAAGCUCGUGUGCACGAUGGCGAUGACGCACCGCUUCAGCGUGACGAUGCCAUUCAUCGAGAGCGCGAUCCGGACCUUGUCAACCCGACUUGAGGUCUCGAGCUCGGGAGCCAAGGUGAGGUGGAAGGGACCCGACUUGUUCAAGCCUCAGACCGGGGGAUCGAUCAAGGAGGAUCGAGCGACGCCGAUGGUUGUGACGGGUCCUUUCACCAAUGCGAUGGUCCCUUCCUACGCCGAUCGACAGCGAGCUUUGGACCAACGUCGGCUCUCAUGGCACGCACCAUCGAGUACUGGAUUGGACUCGUCGAAUUCGGACAUGACUGGUGAUCGUGAGCGAAGCUGGAACAGUGGAUCAGGCCCCGUCGCCUCGACCGCCGCCACCUCUCUUUACCCUGACUCGGUUGUUUGCAAGCUCGAGGGUGCGAACGCGUCGACCGUUGCUCCAUCCCAGAUUACACGGCACACCCCGACGACUGCCGCAGUACAGCGCCUUGGCCUUUCGCCUGGGUCGCAGAUUCAUCCCUUGGGCUCAGAGAGCAAGGUGCAAUCGGUCAGAGCGGCCGCUGCUUCGUCGGUCGGUCGUCGCACACAGAACUCACCCGGGUCUCACGCCACCAAAUCGAGCACCUCGCCACCGAUCAAAGUCAGCACCCACACACCCUACCUGCCCUUCUUUUCUCGAUGCGAUCAUGUCCUCGUUCGCUCGAGUCGAGCUGCGUCAAGCCGGGGUGCCGCUUCAACUGCGGGUGGCAACUCGUCGGCACAAGCAUCGGGGUCCGAGCCGAAGCGCGUGGUCGCGGCUGACGAGGACGAGGCCGUCGACGACGAGAUCGGUAUCACGGGCACGAUGCUGUUUUACGCCGACGCCAAGUUCUGUUCCGAUCUGUCGAAGGAGCCGCUCUCGGAGGUAUGCCCGAGUGACCGGAACGCCCCUCGACCUCUCGGACAUCGACCUCGCGAGGAGGGUUCGGUUGAGCGUUCACCCAGUCCUGACGGAGCGACGAUUCUCGGCAAAGCUGUUCGAGUCGUUUUGCCCAUCGAGGAUGACGAAGCGAUGGACGUCGAUGGCAAGGGAUUGUUGCACUUUGAUGAUGGUGUGGCGAUGCAGCCCAGCAAGAACACAUCGGCGAACGAGCCUCUUUCGUUCGGGCAGCUGCAAGGCCUCAAGACGAGCGGCAUGUCUGACGUCUCGCCUGCGGAUGCGUUUACCAUCGUCGUCACCCUACGUUUCGACGACUUGCCCGAACCCACGAUUGAGAAGAGGACGAGGCCCGACGCCGCCAUCACGGGUGAACCCUCGACGAAACGACCUCGAUUUAAACGCCACCAAAUCGUGGACACGCGCAUGAUCCCCCAUCCGCCGACCUCCUCGGUGCGCCCUCGAUUGCGCAAAGGUCUGUCGCACGUCUCCUCGUCGAGCUCGAACGGGGGAGCAACGUCGGACGAAACCGAUGCCGAUUUGCCGUUGCGAGGUAUCCCGCUCUUGCUUCGGCAACCUUCACAAGCUGAUGGCGCUAGUUUGAUCGACAGUACUUUUGUGAGUUACAUUCGAGAGACCCUCUGGCGUCGAUCUCAUUCUCAAGUACUGACUUCUCACUCACCUCCUCAGUCCGGUCCUACUUCCCAUGUCCACAUGCCCUCACCGGACUACCUCGCCUCGCUCAACCUCCCCGUUUACACCUGGUCCCCUCACGCUCCCUCCUCCCGUUUCCACUGGUCCCAAUCAAGUCGUGGCCCAUCAACAGGGAUGAACCAUCGUCCCAGAUCUCAUCGAUCGACGACGAAUGCUCCGUUGUUGAGAUUGGGGGAUUCGGUCCUUCCGAUCCAGGGUACGGAUGGGGGGGAUAUGAUGACCACUAGUUCGGAGGAGGAUGUCAGGGCGAUUGAUUUGGAUGAGAGUGUUUGA